GCUAACUUCACCACACGAUCAUUAUGGGAACAAGCAGCCAGUUGUACAGAUGUUGACCAGAGACUACCUCGACUCUUCAGCUGGGCUUCUAGCAGGGAUUCCUGGUACGAUGAAGUUAGAAAAGAAACAGAUGAAGGUAUCAGUUCAUGACUCAUAUACCUUGUUGGAUCUAUCAGCCACAUCGCAGCCAUUUCCGUAUCCGUUUGGCUUUCAUCCAACAAUCUGUCGAACUGUGCUACAGCUGGAGCUAGAUAAAGCUGAAGUUCUGGCAUAUCCACUCCUCGGAAUGAGUCGAAAAGUCGGUGUAUUGCACUUAUUCCAAUGAGAG